UGCUAAUCUGUCUCACCCCACAUUAAAGCCGAUAGGCCCAUGCAGUGCAAACCGGGUAACUAUUUAUACAGGUGGUUUGGAGAAUUGGGUUAUCUUGACAAUUGAAAUUGGAAGACGCCACCCUCUGGCAGUGUAGUGUACAGUUCGUGUGUAGAGCAGGGGUAGCUGCUACUUGCUUUAUUUUGGAUGAAGAAAUAGGUUAGAUGGCAGCAUAUGGGACGGACGUGAAAAAUGGCUUUCCGAUUUCGCCCAACACUUGCAGUGACUACACGUAUUCGACCUUCACCAGUAAUUGUGGGCCCCGUGUUCUGGUCGAGAAUCGCCGUCCCAGUGUGUCCUAUCUCCAGUAUAACAGGAUUGUUUACAGCCCCUUGACAGAACAUGGCGGCGGCCGACGACUCCCGCUACUACAACGAGCAUGAUGACCGCGUUGGGGGCCCUCAGUUCCGGAACCGGAAGGUCCGGGGUCCGUUCCGGGCCCGCAUGCACUCUGAUCAUCAGGGGCCGAGGCAACGGCACAGAGGUGGAGCAGGGGGGUUCGGACCCAACCCCCGCUCCCGGUUUGAUGAUGAUGAUGGUGACAUCAACAUGGGAGAGGGGUCGCAGGACGGUUCAUUACAGCGCAGAUAUAACCCAUAUGGCCGCCCAGGUCGCCGCGGAGAUGGCCGACUUGACCGUGAUCGUAAAGGAGGUGGUGGAUCUGGUCACAGAGGAGGAGGGCCUUCAGGAGUAGGAGGAGGCGGGGGAGGAGGAGGAGCCGGUGGGAAGAAGGGCUGGUUCAAGAUCAUAAUCCCUUAUGGGAAGAAGUAUGAAAAAAAAUGGCUGCUUGACGUGCUUCAGAAUCUCUGUCCUGUCCCCUUCACGCCAGUCAAAUUCAGCACAGAAGGUCAUAGAGUCCAGUUCUACAUUGAGGAUUCCUCCACUGCCAACGCACUACAGAAAAUCUCCCGCAAGAUCACAGACGCAGAGGGCUACAAGGUCAUUGUGAUCUCAAACCCCUGUGCCCCCCCCCCCGCUGACCUGAAGCCAGAAGAGAUGGAGAGCCUAAAGCAAUGUAUGUCCAAGCGCUUUGAUGGCUCUCAGCAGUAUCUGGAUCUCAACAGCAUACGCACAGACCCAGAUCUGGUGUCCCAGAACAUGGAAAUAAUUCUGAAUAGAAAACACUGCAUGCAUGCUGUUCUGAAAAUCAUUGAAGAGAAUAUUCCAGAGUUGGUCAGUCUGAAUCUCAGCAGUAAUAAGCUUUACAAGUUGGACGAUAUGGCGGAACUCGCCAGCAAAGCGCACAACCUGAAGAUCCUCAAUCUGUCACACAACGAGCUGCGGUCGGAGCGGGAGCUGGAUAAGGUGAAGGGCAUGAAGCUGGUUGAGCUGUGGCUGGACCACAACCCCCUGUGCGACUACUUCAAGGACCAGCCCACCUACAUCAGUGCCAUCAGGGAGCGAUUCCCUCGCUUGCUGAAGCUGGAUGGCCAUGAUCUUCCUCCUCCUAUUGGGUUUGAUGUCGAGGCCCCCACCACCAUUCCUCCCAGCAAGGGUAGUUAUUUUGGUUCAGAUGACAUCAAGAUCCUCAUCUCGCGGUUCUUACAACAGUACUUCAGUGUGUAUGACUCAGGAGACAGACAGCCUCUGCUGGACGCUUAUCAUGAUGGCGCCUGCUUCUCGCUCAGCACACCAUUCAGUGCACAGAACCCUGCCAGGUGUAGUUUGGGGGAGUACCAAAAAGACAGCAGGAAUCUCAAGAGGCUGAAAGAUCCCACCACUCGUUUCCGCCUGGUCAAGCACACCCGUCUAAACGUGGUGGCGUUUCUGAACGAGCUGCCCAAGACUCAGCAUGACACAGCGUGCUUCAACGUAGACGUCAACACGUACACGAAUACAUUACUAACGUUCACUGUGAGUGGAGUCUUCAAAGAAGUGGAUGGUAAAUCCAGAGACUCCGUGCGGGCGUUCUCAAGAGUCUUCAUCGCUGUUCCUGCUGGGAAUUCUGGGUUGUGCAUAGUAAAUGAUGAACUGUUUGUGCGGAAUGCCACGACGGAGGAGAUUCGGCGGGCGUUUGCGGCUCCAGCUCCGACCCCGUCCAGCAGUCCCGUGCCCACCCUCUCGGCCCCCCAGCAGGACAUGCUAAACACCUUCUCCCUCAAGUCUGGCAUGAACCUGGAAUGGUCGCAAAAAUGUCUCCAGGAUAACGAGUGGGACUUUGACAGAGCUGCCACAGUCUUCACACAAAUGAAGGCUCAAGGAAAAAUCCCAGACGUCGCUUUUAUAAAGUGAAAAGGAACACAAUUAAUUUGUUUGUCAUUCGGAGAGCAUCAGCUGUCUUGUGUGGAAAAUGUUUAUCCCCAGACCCUGUUUUAUAUGGAAUUUUGUUUGUUUUUUAGUUUGUUUUUAUGAACACAGGGAAACACUAAAGAAUGUCAUGGCCAAAACUAUCAUUGUGUUUCUGUUUUAAAUUAUUUUGUACAGUGGCUUUUGACAUAAUUAAAAACCAUGUUACAGUCA